AUGUUUGGCAACACGCUCAAGUGCUUAGCCAAUGAUGUAGAGACCUCCUGCCCCUUACUUGCCAUACUAUUUUCAUUUAUACCAGGUGGCAACACGUGUAAGAAGGGUUUUGAAUGCCUGCCGAUUAGCGAAGUUUACAAAACCGCGAGAGACUUCUGUGAGAAGGUGUGGGACCACUCCUGGAAGUUUAUUCCCGAUGAUGUUGCCAAUUGGUCCGUAGCGGAACCUCCAUGCAUGCAUCUUAGAGGAGCCAAUAUCGAGGCACACAAUCGGGACGUUGCGAAGCUCUAUGCCACGGUGAUAAUGGACCGUCUUCACAGUGCUGCCGCCUCUCCUUUGGCUACAGGAAGCCUAGCCAUUCUGCUGGCUCUGGUCGCUGGAUCUCUCAGCUGGGCCAGCCUAUUUUAG